GCUUGUGGGACCGUCGUCGUCGGAGGUGGCGGCGGCGGCGGCGGGGCUCCAUCAUGGCGGCUUCCAUUUCAGGCUACACGUUCAGUUCCGUUUAUUACUACAGCACCAACAGUAGCGCCGACCAUGAAGGAUUUCUUUUGGGAGAGAUAAGGCAAGAGGAGACGUUUAGUAUUAGUGACUCUCAAAUCAGCAACAUUGAAUUUCUGCAAGUUAUUGAUAUCCAUAAUCAUGAGCCUUGUUCCAAACUCUUUAGCUUUUAUGACUAUGCGGGCAAAGUCAAUGAAGAGAAUUUGGAUCGGAUUCUUAAAGAUCAGAGAAAAAAUGUUAUUGGAUGGUACAGAUUUAGGAGAAAUACCCAGCAACAAAUGUCAUAUAGAGAACACAUCAUUCACAAACAGCUGACACAGAUUCUUGGAGUGCCUGAUCUUGUCUUCCUUCUCUUCAGUUUCAUCUCAACUGCAAAUAACUCAACACAUGCUUUAGAAUAUGUUCUCUUUAGACCAAACCGAAGGUAUAAUCAAAGAGUGUCACUUACUAUUCCUAAUCUAGGCAACACAAGCCAACAGGAAUACAAGGUCUCUUCAGUGCCAAAUACUUCCCAAAAUUAUACCAAAGUUAUUAAGGAGCAUGGUACUGCUUUUUUUGAUAAAGACGGUGUGAUGAAGGACAUCAGGGCUAUAUAUCAGGUUUAUAAUGCACUUCAAGAAAAAGCACAGGCAGUAUGUAUAGAAGUAGAGAAGAGUGAACAAGCUGCUGAAACUUUCCAGGCAGAGGUCAAUAAGCUAAAAACACAAAUCUUGCAAAAGAAACAAGAAAAGGAGCAGGAAAUAAGACUGCAGCAGGCCAUCUUAAGCAGACAAAUGUCAAAUGAUACCUGUGAGCCUAUAUUUAUCCCCCGAAUGUCCCAUGCUGGAUUUGUUGCAGAAGGUAGUAAUCUUGAAGAACCUGAUGCCUCUGAUCCUCCUCCUCCUUAUGCUGACUUGAGUGUAAUCAAUCACGACAGUGCCAUACGCCCUGGUGUUCUAGAAAGCAAUGUUUUCAUGCCUCGACCUCAAGCAGUAGGCUCUUCCAGUUAUGUUUCCACAAAUACAGGAUUGAAGCUUUCAGGCAGUGGAACAUCCAUGCCAUCCUCUUCCCAGGCAACUGUCAGUGACAAUGUUAAUGAAUCAGAAGACAGUGACUGUGAGAAUUUUCUUGAACCUACAGAGUCAUCUGACAAUGAAUACGCACAGACAAGAAAUUCUCGUCCCCUGACACAUGCGGAUGGAGAUUCCAGGAACACUCAAAUCUCCCAGAUCUAAUGGAACAUGAGCUUAAUAUAGCACUAUCUUUCCUAAAUGUUACAGAAAUAUUUUGGGAUUUAACUUGGAGGAAAUGGGCUACAAAAGUGGAUUAUUGUGCACAGCAGAUGUAGAAGACUUGAACUUAGAUGGCUUAUUCACUUUUGUGAUACAUUUUUGCAAGUUUUGUAAUUGAAUCAUUAGGAUAAUCAAACUACUAACAUUGAUUAAAUUCAUGGAUGUACUGGUAAAUAAGCAAAGUGAAAUUGGGGGGUAGGGAAUCCUGUGGCUUUUGUUGCCAUAUUCUCCAUUAAAAAAUGGAAUUUAGCAACUAAGCACACUCUUAAUGAUCUCAAAUCAAAGCUUACCUCGUGCACUAUCAUGCCUUGAAUUUUGGGGGAGGGGGGCAUUUCUAAGAACUUUGAUCAGCAGGCUUUUUAAUGGUGAAGCCAAAUAGAUCAUUGCCAGAAACAAAAACCUUUGAUAAUUCCAAGCAGCCUGAUUGGAACAAAUGUGAGCUAUAUUCUCUGCAUGCUCUUUUAAUAGAGAUGAAGUUUGUUUCAAUCUUUUUCUACUAGCCUAAUGUCUAUCACUUAAAAUUAUGGUUGCCUUUUUAUGUAGAAAAGUGAUUACCAGUAAAUCAUCAGUGAAUGUCUUGAGCAUAACUACUCUGACCUUGGUGGAUUUAAAGUGACUUUCCCACACUAUCAUCGGUUGCAUUUUUGUUCUAAAAAUAUGAAGAGCACAUAGCAGAAAGUAGUGAAAUAAUGUGGUCAGUUCUGUCAGGCACUGAACAUUUAAUGCAAAACUUCAUGCAACUUU